UUGGUAGUUAAAUGCUAUCGGUUGGCCUUGGGUGUCGAAUGAAGACCUUUCCGUCCGCGUUACCGUCGCGAUGACCAUUUGUCAGUACUUCCUCCAAGGCCGGUGCCGCUUUGGAGACCGGUGCUGGAACGAACAUCCCGGCUCCAGGGGUGCGGGCGGGGGACGGCAGCAGCAACCCUCAGGUAGUAACAGACGCGGAUGGAAUACCACUAGCCAGAGAUACUCCAGUGUCAUCCAGCCAUCGAGUUUCUCCAAAUCCUCACCAUGGGGGGGCAGCAGAGACCAAGAAAAGUCAUCUUUCAGUUCUUUUGAUUCUGGAACUUCAACUAACAGAAAUUCAGGAUUUGGAUUAUCUCAGAACCCAUUUGCAUCUCUUAGCUCUGAUGAACAGAAAGGUGAAAAGAAGCUUUUAGAAGGAAUUAUAAAAGAUAUGGAAGUUUGGGAAUCAUCAGGACAGUGGAUGUUUUCAGUUUAUUGUCCAGUGGAAAAGAAACCUAAUAUUUCAGGUUUUGCAGACAUUUCACCAGAGGAGUUGAGGCUUGAGUACCAUAACUUCUUAACCAGCAAUAACUUACAGAGUUAUCUAAAUUCCAUCCAACAAUUAAUAGAUCAGUGGAGGAAAAGGAUAAAUGAACUGAAAAGCCUAAAUACAUCAGCUAAUAUAGCUUUGCUCUCUGAUGUGAAGAAUGGAGUAAAUCCAGGCGCACCUUCAUUUGGAUUUGGCAGUAGGCAGACAGCAACAUUUGGGUCAGUAGGUUUUGCAGUGAAUAAUAGCAGUGAUGAUGCUCAAAAUUUUAGUUUUAAAACAAGCUCUGGGUUUGCCAAUACCCCUUCUGGAAGCCCUUCUGUGUUUGGGAGAACUCCAGCAUUUGGAGCUGCAUCUUCUACCAGUUCUGCUGCCACUACUUCUACUCCAACUUUUGGAUUUGGGAAAGCUGAAACCACAUCUGUUGCUUCGUUUUCAUUUAAAACCCCUGCAACUCCAAGUUUUGGAUCAAGCGGAUUUUCGGGAUUUCCAUCUUCCAUGGCAUCAAGUCCUGUUGGAGCCCAAGUGGCUCCAGCCUUUGGAAGUAGCAGUUCUACGGCUGGAUUUGGUAGUCCAAACUCACAUUCUCACUCUGCUUUUUCCAAGUCACCCAGUGGCACCUUCGGAAAUAGUGGCAUGGCCACCUCCCUGCCUGGCUCAUUUGGCAGUACCACAACAGAUGAUGUGUUAUUCACACCCAAGGACCAGCUGUCAGCAGAAGAACUAGAACAAUUUCAGUCCAAGAAAUUUACACUAGGAAAAAUUCCAUUAAAGCCACCACCUAUGGAACUUCUAAAUGUUUAAAAUGGCAACUUAAAUACUAAAAAGAACAGCUUUAAAUUUAUUUUGAGUGAUUCAUAUAAAAGAGCAGAUGUAUACAUGCACCUAUAUAUCCACAUACACGUAUGUAAAGAAUUUAAGCUUUCAAUAAUUUUAGGGUUUUGAAAUUUAACAUUUUUUCUUGAGCCAAUUUAAGUAAAACAUACCAGCAAGAGUUGUUUUUUUAACCAUAAUUAUGAAGACAACUGAAAAAACUCAAUGUGCACUGAAUAAAUUACAUUUCUCAUUCUAUAUUACUUAACUGGCUUACCCUUUAAACAUUUUUAGGAGAUAAUCCUUAGAACAUUUAGGGGGGAAAUGCUUACAUAUUUAGCCCACUUAUCAAAUAUGAGUAGCAUGACUUUCCUUUAUGUUACAGACUCUGUUAAUGAAAGAAAUAAUAGUUUAUAUGUUAUAAAGGGUAACAAUUUUUAUUUUGGAGGCAUUUUCAUGAACUCACCAUUUUGUUCCCCUGUUGAUUCUGACAGUCUCAUGGGUCAACACUAGAGUUCUUUUCAACAAUUUUAAGCUAAUUUUUAUCUUGGCCUAGUUUUCAUAUAACUUAUUUAUUUCUCACAUAAUCUUACCUUGUAAAUGAAUUUUAAGAAUAGAAAUUGUGAUCUCAUGUGAGUAAACAGAACAUAUAAUGGGAUCAGAAUAAACUAUUUCUAGAAAUUCAAUUAGAAUUCUCAGACAUAUUUGGAUCUCAGAAUGUGAAAAUAAAAGCUUGUGUAUUUUAUAUGUGGAUGAUCCAGGAAGAUACAGAUGGGUCAUGGAUUGAGGCAUGUGUGUUAGAGCCAAGCUCCUUUCUCAGGCCUCAAAAAUACACAGCUAGUACUGCCUGCUUGGCUAGCUAGCAUAGUUCUGCUAUUCAGCUGAUUUUUUAAGUGAAAAUAAAACCAUGCAUAAAAAUAAUCCAAAUGAUUUUGACGUAUUUGCAAAGGAUUCAGUUCUCUGAGAAUCUAAAUACUUUUGAAAUAUUUUUAUCUUUGCCUUAAGGUUCUAGAAUCCCAGCAAUCGGGAAUAUAUACUCAAAGAGUAUGCAUUUGAAACCAUUUUGGGUUUACAGAUGUUAAAUUGUCCAUAAAUUCCUGCUUCCUUUAGCUCUAAAAGACUUUCCAGUGUUUAUUCAACUUAAAAUUGACUCUUAGAUUUUCCUACCUGUAUGGAAAUGUUCCUACCUGUAGAUUUAUUGCAGGCUUACCAGAUGGUGGCACAUGUACUUGUUGUCUACAGGGUAACUGAUGUACACCUAAAGGGGAUAAGUCUGUAUAGCUCCAGUGUAACAACCAAAAAGUAUAGGUACUAAAUGAUGUAUCAUUUAAAGAAUGCAAAACACUAUCAUAUAUAAACAUAAUAAAAGAAUAACAGCAUGAGAAUAAUAAGCACUCAAUCUCCAUCAAAAAGAAAGUCAAGAAAAGUCAUUACAGGAAUUAUCCAUUAAUUCAGAAGCUACAAGAACAUUUACAUAAUUCAGUAGAGAAAACAUAUCACUAUAUAAGAAAAAGGCUGAUUGCUCAGAAUGUUUACUGAUGAUAUGGAUGUACCAAAUGCAAAGGCAAGACUAGGAUUCAGUCCUACGAGACCCACUUGAUCAGUUUUGGAAACAAGCUCUGAAGAACCUGGGAGAUCCCAAACAAAGUGUCAGAAAUGUGAUGUACACAGGCACUGCAAAGAAUACAUACAAAUGUCUAACAGUUGUGAGGGGCAAUCAGCCGCUGUAACUUCCCAGAGGAAGUGAAGUUUUUAAAGUUUUGAAAGGGUAGUGAAAUCAUAGUGGGAAGGAGGAAUACCCAAAAUUGCCAGAGAGCUAGAGAUAACCUAGCCUGGAAGGAAGAUACAUUGUGAAGAAUCUGAGACAAACUUUUUCUUUAAGGAAUCUGUACUAACAGGGUAAAUUUGGGCAGGUUAACUUUUCUUACCUGCAGAGUAGGUAAUAUCCACCACCCAGUGAUUAUGUGAAUCAGUAAUGAAUGUAUCUAGCAGAGAAGUUAUACUCAUUAAUUCCAUUAUCGAGCAAAACUGCUUAUUCAGUAUAAAGAAUUCAAACAAAAAUACAUAAAAAUAAAAAUUAUAUUCCACUUCCCCAAUAACAUUGUCUAAAUUUUUGUGUAUGAUUCAUGUUUUUUUCUUUAUACACAUUCUGUAGUUUUCAGUGCUAUCAUGAUUUUGUGCCUUGUCAGUUAACAGGAUCUUGAACUUUCAAUGUCAGCACAUAGAUUCAUUGUUUUUAAAGGUCAUACAGUAUUCCAUUGUUUAUUAGCCAUGUCCCUGGUUAUGGGCCAACAAUGCUUCAGUAAGACAUCCUGGAAUACACAUACAUGUUACAGAAUGUCUUACUGAAGAUGUGUGUUUAUAUACAUGCAUAGAUAUAUAUAAAUAUAUCUUUAUGCCAUUGUAUUUUUCUAAGAAGUAAAAAUCAUUGAGUUUAAGAAGAGUUCUGAUUUUGCUAAACUGCUCUUUGAAAUGUAGUCAAUUUAUCCCGUCUCCUGAAAACAGGGGACACAAACCAUUUACAUGUCAAAGGAGAGUAGAUAAUGAUUUUGUUGUAAUUGAAUAUACAUGAGGAUGGGGUUUGAUAAGCAAUGUUCUUUAGUCCCUACCAGGGAAGUCCCCUGGAAUAGAACUGCAUUCUUUGCUGUCUUCUAAUUGUCUUCUCUCUGAAGUUUUGGAUCUUGUGUAAGUUCCCCCCAUCAAAACAGCUGGAGAAAAAGGGUUUCCAACUGCUCUAAAUAUAUUACCUUCUCUACAGACCAAAUGUAUAAUGUUUACCAGUAUUGAAUGUGCAAACCCAUCAUUGACCAGAAGGAUGGAUCUCAUAGGAGAAAGAAAACAAAAAUAUUGGCAGAAAGCCCUAACUCAGGCAGCUUGCUGAUGAGGAUGGAACUAGAGAAAGAUGGAUCUUAGAAACAACUCCAGCUUUCUAACCAAGGAGCUUCUAACAUACCAAACCUGAGACAAAUAGGUAAGAGCUGCACAAGAGGAAAAUGAAACUACUGGGGAAAAUAAUUAUCCCCCAAUGAUUUAGUCACCUAACCUCACAUCUGUUUCUGCUUACAUUCCAUGGCAUGUCAUCUUGAAGAUAAAUAACUUAUACACCUCUGCACCUUUCCGCUAAGCUCUGGCAUAGCCAACCUACAUCCCUGGGAGGCCGUCUCCUAUGACCAGCACAUCUGCAGAGUGCCCUGCACUUGUUCCCACUUAGCUAUUUCAUGCCCCCUUUGCAGUCUUCUAAUUGUCUUCUCUCUGAAGGAAUGACCACUCAACUUCACAGAGAAAUUGGAACACAAUGAUCUUUUUCUUAUGUACUCCAGCACCAGCCCUCCACGUACACUAUGUGACACCACCCAUUAUCCCCUCUCCUGCAUCACCUAGUCUCCCUCUUUAGGCCUCCCAUAAAUAUCACAUGGUGUAGCAUCUCCCUGCUGGGGGUAAACAAGUGCAGGCUCUUGACCUAGUCUUUUCAAAACACUACCCUAGUUCUUUGCUCCUGUAACAGCCAUGCCUCAAAAUGUUUCAUUUGAUCAUUCCCCUCUCCCACCCAAUCUUGCCUCUCCUUGACCCAUUCUAAUUUGUCUUCUGGCCCCUAUUCCACUGAAACUUCCUUACUCAAGUUUCAGUUCCAAUCAAUACUCCCUUCAGGAUCCCUUUUCAUACUGCCAACCUUCCUGCAGCAGCUCCAGAGGCAACAUCUUAUUAAGAACAGUGAAGAAAAAAGUCUCAGCAAAAUUCUCAUGCCCCCUUACUGCCUCUGAGCAGGAUAUGUGCCCAUUCUAGAUCAGUGAUAGAAUACAGAGACUUUUCUGUUCUAACCAAAUGCUGAUACAAAGAGCUGCCUCAUUCUUGUUAAAAGCUGCAUUAUAGGCCCUCCCUAGUGGCGCAGCGGGUUAAAGCACAGCACUGAGAAUCUAAAGCCACUUCCGCAUGAGUUCGA